ACGCCAGGAAAGAGAUAAAAGUCGAGUCAACAAUUUUCUUAAAAGGGGUUUGGCGAUCUGUUGAGCGGUGUAGUUUUCCGUCACGGGUUCAGAGAUGCGCACCUGGUUCGCCCUUUUGUUUGUGGCGCUCGCCGUAACGGCGGCGCCGGCCCGCGUCCAAGCCGACGAGGGUGACGACACUGACAUCAACAUCAACGAGAUCGUGGACCAGCUGCUGGAGCUCGCGCACACUGAGAUCAUCAACCUGGGCCUGGAUCAGAUCGUGCUGCCCGACAUCACGGAGAAGUUCAAGAAGAAGGUCGGCCCCAUCUCCAUCAGCGGCAGAUUCGAGGCCCGCGACGGCUGGGCCAAGUCCCUCGCGUCCUUGGACCGCUCCGGCGAGGCCACCCUCGCCGAGGACGGCGACCGCCUCGUCGUGGAGGUGCCCCUCAGCCUCAGCGACCUCCAGAUCGGGUACGGGUACAAGGCCAAGCUAGGCAAGCUAGGCCCCGGCGGCAAGCUCACGGCCACCGUCAACUCCAACACGGUCACCCUCCGCGCCAGCCUGCUCAUCUCGGACGACGCGUGCAGUCUGGGUGUCGACUCGCUGGUGCUCACCGACCUGGGCAAGAUCAACGUGCACGUCACGGGCCUCGGCAAACUCAACUUCCUCUACUCCAAGAUUGUCACCUGGGUGACGGCGAAGCUGCACGACAAGAUCGAGGGCGCCGUGCAGAAGGGACUCCGGGACGCCAUCAACAAGGCAGGGCUCAAGCUCGACUGCAACUCGCUCUUCGGCAUGUGAUUUCUCUCCACAAGCUAUUCCUCUUCCUCUCACAUAUCUUCAUAUCGGCCAUAUUCUCAACCCAAGUUAAAAUGUGUGCCAGAAUUUGUUUGAUCGAUUUAUUUUCUAUUAAAUAACACAUCUCCUUUGCUGUAAGAAUAAGCAUUAAAUUGUUGUCUUUUUUCAAAA